GAGAAGUUUAGUUUUGAGCAUAGUUUCUAAACAUUCAAUAAAGAGAGCCGAGUUCUGUAAGAUAUUCAAGUGUGUUUUUUGGAGCUAUACUUCAUACGAGAUGUCCGAUUCAUACGAGAUGUCCGAUCUUCCAAGGGAGAUGGAGGAGGAGGUGCUUUCUAGGCUUCCGGUGACAUCUCUUAGAGAAUUGCGAUCAACUUGCAAAAAGUGGAACACUUUAACGAAAAGCGAGAGCUUUUUAAAGAGGCACGUCUUUGAAGAAGAAGAAGCACCAAAGAAGAAGCAGAGGAAGGUGGUGAUGAUGCAGGAGUAUAGAGUUUACUUGAUGAACGUCGAUCUCCUCUAUCCAUCUAUAGAGCGUAUAGGUAGUCUCGACGCAGAUGGAAUCGACAUAUCUAAUAUCUUUCACUGCGACGGUUUAUUCUUAUGCACCACCAAAGACACAAACUCAAACUCCUCUAGGCUUGUUGUCUGGAACCCUUAUCUGGGACAGACGAGAUGGAUCGAACCUAGAACUUCUUACCACAGAUGGGACAGGUAUGCUCUCGGACACGAGAAGAAUAAGAGGAAGCACAAAGUCUUGAGAUUUGUGAAUAACUACGAUCCAAGUGUGAAGCACAGAGUUUGCGAGUUUGAGAUCUUCAGUUUAGACUCUAACUCAUGGAGGGUCAUUGAUGAUUUAACCCUGGACUGGACUGUUUCUUUUCGUCACCGUGGUUUGUCUCUAAAGGGCAACACUUACUGGUACGCUCAAGAGAAGAUCGAUUUAAACGGUCCACCAGAGAUUAAAGAGCUCCCUGAUUUCCUCCUCUGUUUUGAUUUCACAACGGAGAGAUUCGGACCACGUCUUCCUCUGCCUUUCAACGCUUUUUUUGAAGAUAUUGUGACUCUUUCUAGUGUUGGAGAAGAGCAGCUUGCGGUGCUGUUGCAAAGAUACCCGUCACCUGCAUACACUGCCAAUAUAUGGAUUACUACUAAGAUUGAGCCCAAUGCAGUCUCGUGGAAAAACUUGUUCUUAUCUGUUAAUAUGAAACCACUCAUUGGUAUUCGGUUUUCAAAGUUCGGUGCGAGUUUCUUCGUUGACGAGGAGAAGAAGGUGGCUGUGGUUCUUGAUAAAGACCGUGGAAAAUCUUGUCCCCCCACACGCAACAUUGCUUGCAUCAUUGGAAACAAUGGAUACUUUAAACAAGUGGAUCUUGGUGAAUCUGGAGACAAUUAUUGUUACCCAAUUGUGUGCCCUUAUAUUCCAAGCUCUUUGCAAAUCACUAGGCAACUAGAGGAACACACACCCUAAUCAAUUAAAUUUGUAUUUUCUUGUUUAUUUACUUUUUGUCUCA